AUGGCAGAUGACACAAGUCCGAGCCCGAACCAGGGCCCUAUAGCUGAAACUCAGUCUCCACCAAGAGAAGAUCCCCUGGAAGUUGACGAAGAGGAAACUCAAGAUAAUGAUUCCACGUACAAUCUCUCGGAGGGAUCAGUCAGUCAGACGUCGUCAAUCAACUCCAGCAUUCUCAACUACAGAUACAUGAACGGCCGCCGGUACCAUGCGUUUCGUGAAGGUGCAUACUUCGUGCCUAACGAUGAAGAAGAGCAAACGCGGAUGGACUUGGUGCAUCACAUUUACUCUCUGAUGCUAGAUGGUGCUUUAUUCUUGGCGCCUAUUGGUGACCAUCCUCAGCGUGUUCUAGAUCUGGGAACUGGCACUGGUAUCUGGGCGAUGGACUUCGCAGAUGACUUUCCCUCGGCUGAUGUUCUCGGGACUGACCUUAGCCCUAUCCAACCGCAGUGGACUCCACCAAACUGUCGCUUUGAAGUAGACGAUUUCGAGGCUGAAUGGCUUUAUCACACGCCCUUUGACUUCAUCCACGCACGGGAGCUGGAAGGCUGUAUUAGUGAUGACAACCGAUUCUUCCAGCAAGCCUUACAACACCUAGCUCCUGGCGGUUAUAUUGAAAUGCAGGCAGUUGCGGCACCGUUUCUAUCAGAUGAUGGUACGGACGAGAAGGCCGUCAAUGCCCAGCUUUGGUUGAAGACCCUGUGUGAGGGAUCUGCCAAGUUCGGCAAACCAAUUGAUUGUGCUCCUUUGUGGAAGGAUAAGUUAAUAGCUGCUGGCUUUGAGAACGUACGGGAAGAGAUACGCAAGCUCAAGGAGAUUGGCAAAUAUCAGUCCAUUCAAGAAGCUAAAGCCAUUGAAUCAUACACACCGCAGAUCUUCUCGGCCGUGCUUGGAUGGUCACAGGAAGAAAUACAGGUUUUCAUGGCCAAGGUUAAGAAUGAGAUCAAGGAUCCUUCGAUUCACCUUUAUCUCCCUGUUCAUUUCCUUUGGGGAAGAAAGCCUGCGUCUUGA